AAAAAAAACAAGAUCUACCUCGAACCUCUCUUCUCAAUUUCUCAUCCUCCUCGCCUAUCCGGCGCCACAAUCGUCUUCCGAGUCCUUCCUGUCUCUGUCACUGACUGUCUGAAACAGCAAUACCGAUUCUUCCUAGACAGUAUGUUAGCUAGACCCGGGAUUGAUCAUUAAUCAAGCCCUGAGGCUGAUCGGCAAAAUCAAUUGGGUAAGUCUCUACUGCAACUUGUUUUCCAUAUCAAUAAUGAGGGAAGACGACUCCAAUUGGUUCUCCAGAUGGGAAGAACAACUCCCAUCUCCUGAGGAGCUUAUGCCCUUAUCCCAAACCCUAAUAAGUCCUGAUCUUGCUCUGGCCUUUGACAUCAGAUCAAAUCCCAAUCCAAAUACCAAUACCAAUGCUAACGAUAGCCCACAGCACACGCCCACACCUCCACCCCCACCCCCACCGGCCAGUUCUUUGCCUCCUGCUACUCCUGCCCAUCCCAACUCGUCUGCUGAUUUCGCUGACUCCGCUGACCUGGGCUCCGGAGGAGGAGGGCCCGGGGAUGAGCCCGCCCGCACCCUUAAGCGGCCCCGCCUAGUGUGGACUCCACAGCUCCACAAGCGCUUUGUCGAUGCCGUCGCCCAUUUGGGGAUCAAGAAUGCCGUUCCCAAGACGAUAAUGCAGCUUAUGAGUGUGGAUGGGUUGACUAGGGAGAAUGUUGCCAGCCAUUUGCAGAAGUACCGCCUUUAUCUCAAACGAAUGCAGGGAUUAUCUGCUGGGGUUGGUGCUGGCGCCGGUGGAGGAGGUUCCGCUGAUCCUGCCACUGAUCAUUUAUUCGCCAGCUCACCAGUUCCAGCUCAUUUCUUACACCCAGGAAGGCCUAAUUCCGACCAUUUCCUGCCGUUUGUUCCUGUGACUAUUCAGCAUCACCAUCAGCAGCAACAGCAGCACAUGACAGCAGCUGCCACCCAUCCCCAGAUGCAGCAGACUCCUCAGUAUCACCAUCACAGGCAGCCCCAGGUGGGGCAUUUUGGUUCCCCACCAAAUCCAAACGGUCAAUUUGAGCAUCCGUUCCUGGCUAGGCAGUCUCAGCCAGUGCAUAGGAUGGGGGCACCAAUUCACAGUCCAGCAGUGCCAGGGUAUAUUGAGGACAUGGAAUCAGCGAAUGCAACUGGUGCUACUGGCAGGAAAGUUCUUACUCUUUUUCCUACUGGGGAUAAUUGAUUUUGGGUAAUUCUCAUGUUUGCUCUCAACUUCUUUUCAUUUCAAUUCUAGGUUUUGUGAAAUAGUUCUUGUUGUACUUGUCAAGGGUUUAUUACAUACAGUUGUGGUGCUUGUUGUAUGUAUUUGUUGUGGGAAAUGAGAUCCAACUUCCAUUUCCCGAUUCAAGAUAAUUAUGCAUUUGUUGUAUGCUUCACCUUAUGACUAUUGGGGAUGCUCUCUACUCUAGUUGACUUCUGGUAUCUGUUUAUAUCGGACUUGUACUGGUUUAAUGAUAUCUCCCCUCAUCUCAAGCUGACAUAGAUACUGAUUGUGAUGUCACUUGAGCAACUGCCGUGUUUUGAAGCUCUUCCCUGAGGAAAAAAAAAGGGACAUCUCAAUUCUAAUAUUUGGAUUUCUAGAGAUUCAUUUGUCCCAAGUAAGGAAUGGACUGUGUUCUGUGAUUUCAUAGUCUUCAUGGAAGAAGCAACGAUUCACAAAUUUUGAGAGUGUAGAUGAAGAUACAGUUCUCAAAACUUUAGUUU